UUUUAGUGACAGUAGCUUCACCUUGACAACCCAGGGGCGAGGCCGUACUGAAUAUAAAGGACACAAGGUUAGACACAGCAUUGCUCCACUGACAACUCCAGAUCUCAGAGUGUCUGAAAUCUUCAAAGGCAUCUUCAGAGACACAGAGAUGCUUUUCUCUAUCCUCCUUCUGAUGGGCAUCUGCCUGGUGCCUGCUCACUCCAAACCAGCAGGAGAAUAUCUCGGCAGUCCUUUCCUUCGACACUCUUUUGAGGAGGCAAAGAAAAUCGUGGAUGAUGCGUACCUGUACUCCAGAAGAGAGAGUCUGAGGCGAGUCCGCCGGGAGGUGGUGAGUCCUCACGAUGCUCUUCGCCUCCUCAAGCAGCCUCGAGGUGACACACGCUCAGCUGUGAGAUCUGCGGACUACAUGGCACAAACCCUUCGUCUGCUGCACGAUAGGGUGCAUCGUGUGCACAAACGCUCGCUCAACGCAACAGAUUUGCUGAGUAAAGAAGACCUUCAAAGGCUUUCCCAAAUAACUGGAUGUGAGGCUCGAGUCCACCUUCCAAGUUGCGCCUCCACACCAAACCUUAACAGGUAUCGCACAGCCACCAGCGUCUGCAACAACCUAAAAAACCCUCGCCUCGGAGCCUCCAACACCCCCUUCGCCCGCUGGCUGCCCGCCGAGUACGACGACUGCAUCUCCCAACCAAAAGGCUGGAACAACCGAACAAUCAACGCCUUCCUGCUCCCCCUGGUGCGACAGGUGUCCAACAACAUCCUGAGCACAACAGAUAUGGGCGUGGUGGACGACAGGCAGUUCACCCACAUGGUGACCUUGUUCGGCCAGUGGAACGACCACGACGUCACCUUCACGCCCUUCUCCCCCAGCAUCCGGUCCUUCAGCAACGGGGUGAACUGUGACGAGAGCUGCGAGCGAACGGAGCCAUGCAUCCCCAUCCCGAUUCCUCCCGGCGACCCUCGCCUGCCCUCCCGCCCGGACAGCUGCAUCCCCGCCUUCAGGUCCGCCCCCGCCUGCGGAACGGGAUACUCGGCCUACAAUUUCGGCGGCGUGCCCAACAAGAGAGAGCAGAUCAACUCCCUGACCGCCUUCCUGGACCUCGGCCAGGUGUACGGCUCCGAGGAGAAGCUCGCCCUCUCCCUCCGCGACCUCACCAACGACGGCGGCCUGAUGCGCGUGAACGCGCGGUUCAGGGACAACGGGCGCGAGCUGCUGCCCUUCAGCACCCAGGAGGUCAACAUGUGUGCCACCCGCAGGAGAGUCACCAACGACGCGAACGCCACGGAGGUGCCCUGUUUCGUUGCAGGUGACGUCCGUGUGGACGAGAACGUAGCUCUGACGACCAUUCACACGCUGUUUGUGCGCGAGCACAACCGCCUAGCCCGUGCGCUGAGAAGACUGAACCCGCAAUGGGACGGUGAGACCCUCUACCAAGAGGCCCGCAAGAUCAUGGGCGCCUACACGCAGGUGAUUGUGUUCAGGGACUAUCUGCCACACAUCGUGGGUGACGUUGCGAUGCGUCGACAGCUCGGCCGCUACCCCGGCUACAAUCCCAACGUCGACCCCUCGAUCGCCAACGUCUUUGCGACAGCAGCUUACCGUUUCGCCCACUUGGCCAUCCAGCCAGUCCUGUCCCGUCUGAAUGCAGACUACAGGGAGCAUGCUCAGUUCCGCAGUGUGCCCUUGUUCAAGGCCUUCUUCACCCCUUGGAGAAUCAUCUUUGAGGGUGGUAUUGAACCUCUGCUGCGUGGUUUGAUCGCCCGUCCCGCUAAACUGAACACUCAGGAUCACAUGAUGGUGGAUGCUUUGAGGGAGAGGUUGUUCCAGUUUGUGCAGCAUCUGGCUUUGGACCUGGGCUCUCUCAACAUGGUGAGGGGACGUGACCAUGGCUUGCCUGGCUACAAUGCCUGGCGCAAGUUCUGUGGCCUGUCUCAGCCCAGGAACGAGGCAGAGCUCGGUCGGUGUCUGAACAACACCAGUCUGGCCCGAAGGCUGCUGCAGCUCUACGGUACACCCAGCAACAUCGACGUCUGGAUGGGAGGUGUGGCAGAACCGUUCGUCCGGGGCGGCCGUGUAGGGCCGCUGUUCGCCUGCCUCAUCGCAAACCAGUUCAAGAAGGUCCGCCAGGGUGACAGGCUGUGGUACGAGAAACCAGGCGUCUUCACCGUGAGACAGAGAAAUGCUCUGUCCAAAAUCAGCUUGUCCAAGAUCCUCUGUGACAACACCGGCAUCCAAACUAUCCCCAGUAACGUUUUCCUCAUCCCCUCAAGGAGAAACGCGUUUGUCCGCUGCAGAGACGUCCGAGGCUUGGACCUGUCAGCCUGGAGGGAUAGAUCCUGCUCCGAGAACUCAGGUCCGGGUGAUAGCUGCAACGAAGUCGAUGAAACAGAGGAUGCGAGCCAGCCAGACCCCCUGGACAGCCAGAGCCUCCAGGACAACGAGGUCCAGUAGGACCUCCAGGCCCAAGAGGCCUUCCUGGACCACCAGCAUUAAAAAUCAAUGCCACACAGCCACAUUCUGCCUUCUCCGUCAUCCUGGGCGAGUGCAACCCAUC